UGGUGGAAGCGUCAGACGUCCUCCUCCUCUGUCCUCUUCGCUCCUCUCUUCCCUCCAUCCCGCGGACGAGUGUGUGCAGCCUCUCAAGUUGAACGCACGCACACGCACAGCAGCGGGAGGAUAGUCGGAGGACAGACACAGGGAGGAAGAAAGGAAGGAAGGAAGGAAAAGGGGGGAGCGGAGGGAGCUGCAGCCGGCCGAGCAGAAUUUGGAUUUUAUUUCAAUUUAUGAGCGCGAAGUGAGACGAGUUUUCUCGGGUUUAGUUGUUUCCAAACGCGCCUUUUCGAGUGGACUUUUCCCUCCGUCGGAGUUUUUCAUCAACUCUGCUGGUCGGCGUGAACUUUCGGGGGAAAAAAAGAAAAGCGUGACGAAGGGGAGACGCGUUGGAAAGUCCUCCGCUUUAGUUGCCCCGUUUGGAUAAAACAAAGCGGAGGAAACGGCUUGAUUCCUCGGCUCUUUCUUCGAGGGCAACCACAGCAGACUUUUUUUUUUUGGAGUGUCUGGAGGAUUCAAAAUAUAUUUAAAAAGAACAACCUGCACCGGAAUUACUAUCUGGGUUCUUUUUUCUUCUUAAGAACUGAUUCCAGGAGGAUUUCUUGUUCAUUUCCCAACAUCAUCUGCGCGGUGCCUUGCUUCGGUCACCAAUAGAAACCAUUGAUGGCACCGAGGCGGCCGUGAUCUGGGAGAACUGACUAAAAAGAUCCCCCUCUUGGUCCGACUUGUGAACAGUUGCGGAGGUUUCGGUUCUCUACCGGGAGGAGGGAUGCAGGCUGACCGGGGAAGGGGGAGCGCGCCGAUGGGAUGUCACAUCUGGAGGACGGUGCUGCUGAUUUUCCUGUGCAAAGUGUCUGGAAGCCCGUCGGGCGCAGCGGGACUCGGGCCGGGGGGAGGCGCGGACUCCUCCCAGUCCCGUUUCUCCUCCUCGGCCCCCACCUACCUGCCCGUCCAAUGCCAGCUGAGCGGCGCCCCCGAGUCCGCCUUCUUCCUGCGAGAAUCCAGCCAGGACGUCAUGCGCAACGGCAGCCUGUCGGCGCGCACCGAGCCCUUCUUCCUCCACCGGCCCGCCUCGCCGUCCCCGCCGGGCGUCAACUGCAGCUACGGCAACCUGAGCGUCGAGCAGCCAAUCCCGGCGGAGCUCCUCCAGGGCCCCUCCCCGCCGCACCUGCCGCCGACGACCAACCAGGUGACUCUCAACUGGAAGGUCAAGGGUCAGGUGGUGGUCCCCAAAGUUGGUUCGACACGGCCGUGGAUACAGGUGCUGUUCUACCUGGUCGGGCGGCGCUGGGAUGAGCCGGACCCGCCUCCUCCAGCCGCCCUGCCGUGCGUGCGGGCCGUGGCCAUCCGGGACGUCGGCGAGGCGGCGCCCUCGGCGGGCUGCCGUCUGGUGGGGCCGUCUGGCGUCUGCGUGGUCCGCCUGGAGAUCCCCCCGGCUUGGUUCACACCCACUCAAGGGAGGAAAAGACCCCCUGAAGCGACUCUGCCAUCACUGGAUGUGUAUUACUCCAUCGUGCCGGCGGAGGAGGCGGGCCAGGAGUGUCCCGCCGUGGUCGACGAGCCGUGGAGAGGGACCGGCGGCAACGUCGGGCCUCUCGGAGGCCCCGGAAUGGGCCUCGGGGGACUGUGGGGCCCCCUAGUGGAUGGGGGUCUUCAGGACAUGCUGAAAGCCGGUUCCGUGGUAAUGACCACGGGCCCGGUACCUGCCAAGGGGGAAAAGUUGAGACUUGAUGAAAACGUGGAGGUUCUGGUGCCUCCCAGCCCGGUUCGGCUCGGCAGGACGGUGGCGUUUGGCGUCUACAUGAAGACGCUCUCCAACACGCAACAGUUCACAUUGAGGGUGUGGUUCCAGUCGGGCAUCAACUUCCUGGCUGUGAAACCCAGCAACCUGGUCGCGUGGGAGAUCAAGCAGGAAAUGGCGCCGGGAUCGUUGGCGGUGAUGUGCCAGAGAAGGGCGUCCUCCACACCCGAGAGGCUGGAGAGUCCCUCGUACGAGGUGAUGCAGCUGGAAUUCGAGGUGGACAACGUGAUCAACCUGGUGCCGACCCAGACCCUGCACUGGAACGCCGAGUACCCGGCGGGCGCGCAGGCCCCGCCCAGGCCGACGGAGAAGGUCUCGCACCUCUACAUCAGCAACGCCGACAUCCAGGGAAUCGUGCCGCUGGCUGAGGACACGGAGGUGUUGAACACAGCCAUCCUUACCGGUCGGCGCGUCGCAGUGCCCAUCAAACUGGUUACCGUGGAAACCGACGGGCAGGUGAGGGAGGUGGACGACUCGGUCACCUGCACCUCGACGGACGUGGACGUGCUCAAGGUAGGCGUUGGCGUGUCAUGAAACCAGACUCCCAGACACGCACGGACCACCAGAUGUUACGUUUGAGACGAUUGAGACGAUUAAUAAUAGCAAAGUGAAAUAUAUCUUUAAUCGUGGUCUGCCAGGUAAAGUGAAAUAUGGAUAAAAAAAAAAAUCAAGAGUUUGAGAAAAACAAACUGUUUGAACUGCAGGGAGGAAAUCACAAUAAUUUGAGGAAGCAAACGUGGGGUUAUUUUUACACAGCAAGUAAUCAUCCUGAAUCAUCAUUAUACUUUAAAAUCUUUAAGGAUUUGUGUUUUUCUCUAAUUCACUUUGUGCAGCGGAGCAUAAUGGGACACUUAUCACAGCACGCUGGCUUUUUCAAUCUCGCGUUCUGUUUACCGAAAGUUGCACGGGGGCAACUUUUCAUUUAAUAGACCAUAAAAAGGCAACCUGGAGGGAACUAAAGUUCUUCACAACAAGUUCAGUGGGUUUUCCAAAGUAAAGCAGCAUAACGAGCCGGGUCGGGACAUACGGCACGUGGGUUUCCACCCCCAG